CGUAGUUCCGUAUUUGGCAACGAUGGUAGGUUAGACACCUCAGGAGCAAAUUUGGCAGGUUUAAUAGUUUGUAAAGAAUGGAUCUACAUCCCGAUAAACCGUCAGUUCGGUCGGAACACGCAGCCACCCUGCAGGUGUUUGAAGUAAAGACUCCUGAUCAGACUAUUACAAGCUCCAGGUUGGACCAGGAUGACAAGCUUUAUAAAGAUAUAAAAAAGAAGCUGCAUUCUCCUCAGAGACGAACAGAAGCAGAUGUAGAUGAGUUAUCAUUCAAACGUACUAGUGUUUUUAAACCUGUAAGUGAAGACUAUAUCGAGGACAUGAAAAACUGCCACUCUGUGCAGCAGAGUUUAAAUAGUCAAAUAAAGGAAGAAGCAAGUGAUUCGGAAAGCCAUCCUGACAUGAAACACCUUAGCUGCUUUUUCUGUGCAGCAGAAUUUACAUCAGGAGGUCUGUUGACGAUACACACGUCUGGUCAUACGGGAGAGAAGCUGCUAACCUGCAUUAUCUGCAAAAAAACUUUCAACUCCGAGUCAGAACUUGUUAAUCAUGAGUGCGGGUCUCUUGAGCACCCUCAGAGCCAAACCGAAGAACUGAUUCCAGCAAACAAACUGCUCUGCUGCUCUCAGUGUGGAGAAGGGUUCUCCAUGAGUGAAGACCUAAACCUUCACCUCAGACUGCAUUCGAGAGGAAAACUGUUCAGUUGUUCGGUCUGUAACACCAGCUGUAUUGACAGAGACACGCUGAUUCAACACAUGAGACUCCACACCAGACAAACACAGUUCACCUGCCAUGUCUGUGGGAAAGACUUUGCCUGGAGGAGGCACCUGACCAAACAUAUGGAGGUGCACAGGAAAAGGAAGAAGGUCUUCCGCUGCAGAGCGUGUGGUGCUGAAUUUCGUACCUAUUAUUUGCUGUCUAAACACAAAGGUGUCCAUCAGAUAUCAGAGCUUCCUCAGGGCCAGACUGAGGAGAACAAAGAGGAGGCGACAGCUGACGGGGAUGACUUUGGAGGAAGAGAACCAGCAGAAUCAGAUUCUGAUUUGCUAAAUGAGACCAACAUGGAGGUUUCAGCAUCUUUUAAAACUGAAAAUGACUUUUGGAGAGAUUCUAGUCAACAUCUGCCAAAUUUACCCACUAAGGGACUUAACAAUGUCUCUCAGACUGACAAGAAAACCACUUUUCAUACAAUGACACAGAAGGAGGUAAAGGAGGAGUAUUCAGAGCCUCCACAGAUAAAAGAAGAAGAGGAGGAGACCGAGAUCGGCAGGUUCGCUUUCAGUCCUGUGCAGAUAAAGACUGAAGAAAACGAAGAGAAGCCUCAGUCCUUAAAACGUCAUCAUUCUCAGACUGAGGAGCAUAAAGACUAUUUGGAAGAAGGAGAACCAGGUAAAACGGAGAAGACCUCAGAUUUGUCUGACCCUGACACAGACGACAGCGAAUGUUGGAAACCAAGAGGAAAACUUGGGUCAGGUUCGAACUCAGAAAGUGAUUCUGGCCGAAAUCCGUCCAGCUGCUCCAAUAACAAACCAUCAGAGUCUCUGCAACCCGAGAGCGACGACAGCGUUGACAGCGACUUCUGGAAGGACUACAAGAAGCCACAGUCGAGCUCAAACCCAGCGAGACAAGAACCAUCAGAGAAAGGAGUGAAAUAUGUGACGGACUUAAAGCCGUACAGCUGCCCUCAGUGCAGCAAAGCGUUCCGCUACAGUUCCUAUCUGAAGAUUCACAUGAAACAGCACACAGAGAGGUACUUCUGUUCCAUCUGUGGACACAAAUCCACCUCCAGUUCAAACCUGAAGGUUCACAUAAGAACGCACACCGGAGAGAAACCGUUUAGCUGCUCGGUUUGUGGUAAAAAAUACACAAACAAGGCGAGCAUGCUGUCCCAUAUGUCUGUCCAUGAUGCGGAAAGGAAAUACAACUGCGAUGUGUGUAAGAAAAGCUUCGCUUGGUACACGGAGCUCAAAUACCAUCAGUGUGUUGGUGAGUCAUCAGGUGAACAAACGCAUGAGGAAGAUGCAAGCAUCAAUCUGAAACGGCACACUUUAUACAGCUGAAAGGAUUCAUCUGCAGAAGUUGGUUGAAUGAUUGUUUAAAAACUUGUAUAAUUCACUUAUUUCCUUAAAGGUAAAUAUGCUUUUGGAAGCUUCUUGAAACAGUGAGGCUUUUCCUGACCAAUAUUUUCUAUAAAGGUUCAUUGUUUAAAGGUUCAUUGUUUAAAGAAAUGCUCAGUAGUGCCCCCGUCUGAGGAAAAAAAUUAAAGGCAAGAAUUAACAAAGUUAUUUAAAAUUGUUAUGGCCUUACAAUGUUAUAGCAUCGUUUCGCAUCCUGAGGAGCUGGUCCAGCUCAGAGUUAGCAGGGAAAUCUGCUUUCACAACUGAACGAUUACAGUCCUGGUCGAAGGUUAACAUCCAGUCAUCAUGGGAAGGAAUGUGAAAUUAAUCUGAGGCUUUUAAGGACUUAUGUGAGCCAUCGUUUUUCCAGGGUGGAACAAUCAUACUUCUCUUAAAUUAGGUGAGAAAUGUUUGAAUUUAUUGCAGAGGUUUUUAUGUCUAUAUUUGAGCCUGCAUUUCUAAAAACAGGCUCAAAUAUAGACAUAAACCUCCUUUGGAGUUGUGUAAUCAGCCAAUUAAUUUCAGGUCAUAAUAUAAGGACUUAGAUAAAUUUGAUUGUUUUUUUUUUUUCUUUGAUCAAGCAACCAUUACCCCCAUUAAGAGUUGGUUAUAUGUCCUUUAAUGAGUUGCACACGGAACAAACACUUUUUGCCACAUUUAUCAAGCUUCCAGCAUCACUUUGGUUGGAUAUUUAAGCUCAAUUCUUGGAAGAAUUGGUAAAGUUAAUUUAAAUUUGUUGGUUUCUUCAUACAGGCUACAGCUUUUAGAUAUAGUCCCCACCAUUUCAGUUUUAAUAAUCUGAGGUUAGGGCUUUGAUUGGACGUCUUUGGAGCUUAAUGUAGACUUUCUUUAUCCUGGCUUGGGAUCAUUGUUCUGUUGCAACACCCAGUUUCCCAAACUGCAGUCCAACAUUUUUACAGUAGAGCAUAUAAAUGUAUGUAUUUAUUUAACGAAGUUCUGUUAAGUUUGAAAUUAAGAACAAAGACAAACCACUUGAUCUUUUAUCCUCUGACCUGAGAAUGAAUUUAUAUCACGAGAAAUAAAUGUUUUCUGUUAUUCAGCUGUUUCAUACAUUUAUCUCAAUAUGAUGAGCUUUCACACUCUGAAAUAGACUGAAAGGGAAGCUUGAAAUAAAAUUAUGUGUAAAAAUGGACAUUAUGAUAAAUUCUGUAAUAAAGACCUUAUAUAAUUUCAAAAUGAAGAUGAAAUAUUGCUACAGAGAAGCUGUAGUUCUGCUUGUAUCGGGCAAAAAAAUAAUAAGUGUGAUAUUCAUUAAAUAGUGUUUUUAUUUGUUUCAA